GAUGUUGAUGCCCCUGGCGAGACCGUGUUACUCUGCGCUGCGCAUUUCAAUGAAGCCGGUUUAGCUGUUGAUAUUUCCUUUGUCCCCCUGCGUCUUACCGCCUUUAAGCAAUCCCCAAUCAAGCGCCCCAUUGGUCAACAAUUCUACAGCAAUCAUCUCUUUCUUCAGCGCAUCCUCCACAGACACGUCACGAAACGAAGCUCCCACCAAAACUUCCUGCCGCCCCUCCCCCGCCGUUUUCUCCACGAACCGAUCUCGCAUACUCCUUUUCCCAACACCCAACGAUAACAAACUCAACUCUUGGAAAUACAGUAGACACAAGAUCUUGGGAACCCUAGUGCUCUCUUGAGCGGAGCGAUACAAACCGCCAUCAUGAGCCGGACGUUGACGAGCCGGCAGGCCGAGGAGCUGCAUAAAUCCAUCAUCGCCUACCUCGCCGCAAAUAACCUACAAGAAAGCGCCAAUGCCAUGAGGACGGAGCUCAGUCUUGGAGAGGAUGCUUUCGAUACGGCUACCGCGAAGAAAUACGAGACGCUGCUGGAGAAGAAAUGGACAAGUGUCGUGCGGUUACAAAAAAAGAUCAUGGACCUAGAAGCACAGAAUCAGGCUCUCCAAACAGAACUUAAUAGCGCUACACCGACAUCUCUCUCUAACCGAAGAGGAGAUCCAUCUUCUUGGCUCCCAGCCGGUCCCCCACGACACGUCCUUCAAUCGCAUCGAACGCCCAUCAACUGCGUCGCCUUUCAUCCGAUCUUUUCGUCUAUCGCAUCCGGAGAUGAAGACGCCACUAUCAAGAUCUGGGAUUGGGAGUUUGGCGAGCUUGAAAGGACGGUGAAAGGUCACACCAAAGCGGUUCUCGAUCUCGACUACGGUGGUCCGAAAGGUCAUACGCUGCUUGCGUCUUGCAGUUCCGAUUUAACUAUCAAGCUAUGGGAUCCUUCGAACGAGUACCAAAAUAUUCGCACACUACCCGGUCACGACCAUAGUGUGAGCGCAGUCCGAUUUAUACCCUCCGGAGCUCCUGGGGCGCCGUUAUCUGGAAAUCUGCUCGCGAGCGCUAGUCGAGAUGUUACAGUGAGGAUAUGGGAUGUCACGACAGGGUAUUGCGUCAAGACGAUAAGAGGGCAUGUCGACUGGAUUCGUGAUGUCGCUCCGUCGCUGGAUGGAAAAUACCUGCUAUCGACUGGUAACGAUCGAACAGUGAGACUCUGGGAUAUUUCAGUACCAAAUCCUGAAGCCAAGCUCGUCAUGAUUGGGCACGAGCAUUUCGUCGAAUGCUGUACCUUUGCGCCACCAGCAGCAUACUCGCACUUGGCUACUCUCGCCGGAGUAAAGAAGGCGCCUCCAGCAAGCAGCACGGCGGAGUUUAUGGCGACCGGUGGCAGAGAUAAGACGAUCAAGUUGUGGGAUGGCCGAGGAACCUGUAUCAAGACCCUGGUAGGUCAUGACAACUGGGUUCGAGGCCUCGUGUUCCAUCCAAGCGGCAAAUUCCUUCUCUCCGUAUCCGAUGACAAGACGAUUCGAUGCUGGGAUCUGAGCCAAGAAGGAAAGUGUGUCAAGACCGUUGAAGGAGCCCACGAACAUUUCAUUACAAGUCUGAGAUGGGCGCCGCCUAUUAUCAAGGACAAGGGUCCGACUGAGGAGGCCAAUGGUGAUGUGGGCACUCCCAAGAAAGCGGCGGCGGCACCUCAAGAUGUGCAGAUCCGCUGUGUCAUUGCUACAGGAAGUAGGAAGCUGCUCACGAUGACCCCGUGGCCCAGCGACGUGCCAAAGCGCACGAUGCCGAUGCAGGUCGCCCGCGACAUGCCUCAGCCCCCAACAGAGAUUCCCUUCUAUCGAACGGCCGGAAACAUCCCAUCCCAAUCCGUCUCGACUUUUUAA